GAGAAUAUUCAGUUCGAACGACCUUUCCCUCUCUUCUUUCUCUCUCUCGUUUGCUUAGUUCCUAUGGUAUCUUCGCAACCUUUCCUUCUCUUCUUUCUCUCCCUAGUUUGCUUAGUUCCUAAGCUUUUGCAUUGUUGACAUUUCGGCGUUGCUAAAAAUCGAGGUGGCGAUUAAUUUGAAGCAGUUGAGCGGCCAUGGUGACUAUGGCCGAACUGGAAGAGCAAGGUCCAGCCAUGAGAGCUCUCGGCUCUAUCUUCAAGCUCACCGAAGUCUUUCUCCUGUUCGUCUCUCCAUCUCUCUCUCCCCUAUCAAAUAUUAGGGCACUGACUUUGCUCUCUGUGUGUGCUUGGACAGGCGACGACGGCUCAAAGGAGACGAAAGGACAGGUCCUUUUCCAUGGGCCGGCCUCUAUAGUUAAGUUAUUUGUAUUUGGUGGUAUUAACGAUUUUAGUGGGGAAUUUCGGGGUUUAAGAAUAAGAGGAACAGAAAGACGGAAGGUAGAAGAAGAGGGAAUGCGCCUGAAGCAAACAGACAGUUCUCUGGACGUUGUACGUGGAGCAAUGGAGCCUUCCAAACGGGUGCCUGUUGAAUUUCAGUGCCCUUCUGUUGAAGGUGAUAAUCCAGAAAAUUCAACUGAGAUUACUGGUGAUGCUGUCGAAGAACAAGAUCGUGAUGGAAUAUUGGCCGUCGUUUGUAAUGAUGCUCAGGGUUGUGACCCUUUACACAGGGGCCAUGUGCUCAAUGACAUAAUGAGAAUUGCGGUGAGCUCAACUGAUUUAGAUGCUGGACGUUGCCCUGAAAGCUGCUCAGCAGAUGCUGCUGUUGGACCGCUUAGAGUGUUCAUUCAGUGGCUUCCCACGAAGCAGAACUUACCAAAACAUGCGAGGAACUAUAUCCCUGAACCGCGAUGUGUUUCUGAGUCAAUUUCAUAUUCCAUGUGUUCAGAAGUGCUUGACCCUGAUGGAACUGACUGCCAAGACAACGGUGAUUCCGGAGACUGGAUGGUAUAUUGGGAUUCUUACUACAUGAGAAAUUACUUCUAUAAUAUCAAAACACAUACUUCCACAUGGUAUCCACCCCCAGGCAUGGAAUAUUUAGCAUCUAUUGACGCCAUAUGUAAACCAAAUGAUGUGAUUUCUGAAGUAAUGGAGAUUGAUGUUAGCACUGAUUCAAAGGCAACAAAUUUUUGUGGUGCGAGUAAAACUGAUUCAUUUCAAGAAUCAAUUACUCAUGGUGUUUCACAGUGUCAGCCAAAUCAUGAGAUCUCCGGGGGGAUUGAACUUUCUGUUGACACUUCUAUGUCUGAUACCACUUUGUCAACUGUCACUGUAAGCAGAUGUCCGGUACAGUCAGAUGAAAUCAAUGAGAACAAUAACACCUGCAACGAUGGGAACCCAUCAUGCUUCUUCUCAGAUGUCCAGGAUCAUAUCGCUAGUAUCAGAAACAAAAUCAAGCAGUUUUCAUUGCAUGUUGCCCACAGUAUCAGAAACAAAAUCAAGCAGUUGAUUUCUGAUGAUUUCUGCAACAGUGGUUUGCAACCAAUUCUUGCUGAACAGAUUGAUGAACAAAAGUACUAUUGACUCAAUAAUGAGCCUAAUGAACCUAAUUUUUGUGAGGAAACUCUCAAAGAUUGCGAAGAUUUUGACGCAUUUCAAAUAUUAAAUACAAGCAGCUUGUCCCAUACAUACAUUGAUGAAGUGUCUGAGGAUAGUAAUAUGUAUUCAGGAAAUGAAGUUUUGGCAACAAACCAGUUGGAAAUACAGCUUGACCCUGCUGUACAAAAACGGAAGAAGAAAGUGAGAAGAAAGAAAAUUCAGGGAAAGUUAUCUAAUGAGAACAAAGAGCUUCUAUUUGAAGAGUUGUUCAAAGAGUUUUCUGCUGAUAUGGGAAAAUAUUGGUGUCAACGGUACUUAUUAUUCUCCAAAUACGAUGAUGGUAUAAAAAUGGAUGAGGAAGGAUGGUUCUCUGUCACUCCAGAGCUUCUAGCUAGGCAUCAUGCAGAACGAUGUGGUAGUGAUGUCAUCAUUGACUGUUUUACUGGAGUUGGUGGGAAUUCCAUCCAAUUAGCACAGAUAAGCAAACAUGUAAUUGCAAUUGAUAUUGAUCCAACGAAGAUUGAUUAUGCACAGCGUAAUGCUGCCAUCUAUGGGGUUGAUGACAGGAUAGAUUUCAUAACGGGGGACUUUUUUCGCUUGGCACCAAAGCUGAAGGCAGACACGGUCUUUUUGUCACCCCCGUGGGGAGGACCUGGUUAUGCAAAAGUAGAGACAUACGACAUGAAGACAAUGCUUAAGCCACAUGAUGGAUAUUUUCUCUUUAACAUCGCAAAGGAAGUUGCUUCUAGGAUUGUCAUGUUUCUCCCAAGAAAUGUUGAUAUCAACCAAUUAGCAGAGAUCGCUCUAUCGGGGUCUCGGCCAUGGUCACUAGAGGUUGAGAAAAACUUCUUAAAUGGCAAGUUGAAGGGGAUAACUGCUUACUUCAGUGACAUGGCCAGUAGAUGAAGAUAAUGUAGCUCUAUUCAUCAGGUGGUGAGGUUUUGAGCAGCACCUUAACGUAACGUAAUGACUUGUGAAACACGAUUCAACAGUUGCGGUUUCGAGUAGUAGAAACAGUUUGUCCGGAAACAGGUGCGGUUGCAUACAUCUUACCCUCCCCAAAACCAUGUGUUGGCUCCGAAGACAAAGUCUCAGCUUUGUAAUAUUGUAGAGUCCUGUAAGCUGGUCUUGUGCAAUUAAAAGUCGUGGUAAGCAAUAGGCAUGUAUCAAUGAAUUGGGUUCUGAUUGAAAUAUUUACUUUUACAGCAAGAAAACUUUGUUUUUACGACCCGGUUACAAAACCGGGAUUACCGGCGCUAUAUAGUGGCCGUCCUGUAAACUCUAGGUCGGUCGUGUUGACCAAUGUAAUGGAAGUAUAGCAAUUCUUGACAAAUCAAGGUUGAUAAUUUUUUUU